GGGAAGGAAAACGGGCGACGUGGUUGGACGAUUGCUCACAAAAGCAAACUUGAUUUUGAUCUCUCGCGCGCUCUCUCUCUCUCUCUCUAUCUCUCUCACUCUCUCUGUGUCUCUAAUGGCGUCGAGUUGCAGUGUUCCUCUCCCUCAGUUGUCGACUGCCCGCUCUCUCUCCCGCCGGCGCGGCACUUCCGUCUUCUGGGGGCGCUCCAUUCGACAAGUUGAUUCCAAUGUAUCUGCCCUAUUCAAGUCCCUCAUCUCCAAUUCGGGAUGCGCAGGUAGGCCUGUUAGACCUGCCUCUAUAACAUGUAAUGCUCAGACAACUGCACCAAGUGCCAUGGCAUCUGGGACUCCUGUAAGAGCAACAAGCCUACUUGUUGUUGGGGCCACUGGAACUUUGGGACGUCAGGUUGUUAGGAGGGCACUAGACGAGGGCUAUGAUGUCAGAUGUCUUGUAAGACCUCGGCCAACUCCUGCUGACUUCCUUCGAGAUUGGGGUGCAACGAUAGUGAAUGGUGACUUAAGCAAGCCAGAUACCAUACCAGCUACACUAGUAGGUGUCCACACUAUAAUAGAUUGUGCCACGGGCAGACCUGAAGAACCAAUUCAAACUGUGGACUGGGAAGGAAAAGUUUCUCUUAUCCAGUGUGCAAAGGCUAUGGGAAUUCAAAAGUAUGUUUUCUUUUCAAUUCACAAUUGUGACAUGCACCCAGAAGUUCCUUUAAUGGAGAUCAAGCGAUGCACAGAGAGAUAUCUUCAAGACUCGGGUCUAAAUCAUAUUACAAUCCGAUUAUGUGGAUUCAUGCAGGGUUUAAUUGGACAGUAUGCAGUACCAAUAUUAGAACAGAAAUCUGUUUGGGGAACUGAUGCACCCACAAGAAUUGCUUACAUGGAUACACAGGAUAUAGCUCGACUAACCUUUAUAGCUUUGCGAAAUCCAAAACUUGAUGGGAAGGUUUUGACGUUUGCUGGUCCACGUGCAUGGACAACCCAGGAGGUGGUAACUCUAUGUGAGAGACUUGCUGGACAAGAUGCCAAUGUGACAACUGUUCCUGUUUCCAUUCUGAAGCUUACUCGACAAAUCACUCGGUUUUUCCAGUGGACAAAUGAUGUUGCUGACAGACUUGCAUUCUCUGAGGUUCUUUCAAGUAACACAGUUUUCACUGCUCAAAUGAACGAGACAUAUAGUCUGCUUGGCGUGGAUGCAAAGGACAUCAUCACUCUAGAGAGAUAUCUGCAGGAGUACUUCACUAACAUAUUGAAAAAAUUAAAAGAUCUCAAAGCACAAUCAAAGCAAACAGACAUUUACUUUUGAGAGGGAUACACGAGAUAUAUGUAGAGUUCAUGGAGUUGCUGAGUACCAUUGUAACCAUGUAACUAGUCAGAGUAAGAAAAUGAGCUUCCGUUUCCUCGCGUAGUUUUCUUGUACUAACGCUUGAAUAUUACAGCAGCAACCUGUCUUAAUCGUGAAGGGUUCUGUGUUCGUUACUAGUA